AUGUCAAAAACUAUUCUUGUUACUGGUGCAAAUUCAUUUAUUGGUGGAUGGAUUGUAAAAUAUCUUAUUGAAAAAGGAUAUAAUGUUCGUGGAACAGUUCGAUCUCAAGCUAAAGAAUUACAAGUUCUCGAUGGUAUUUCAAAAGAUAAACAAAAUCAAAUCUCAUUCGUACAUAUUCCUGAUAUAACUACUGAUUCAUUUGAAGAAGCUGUUAAAGAUGUUCAUGGAAUUAUUCAUGUUGCUUCACCAUAUCAUUUUAAAGUAACAGAUCCCGAAAAAGAUAUGAUUUUACCAGCAAUUAAUGGAACGAAGAGAAUAUUAGAAGCUGCUCAUGAAUAUAAUAAAAAAAAUGAUAAUAAAAUCAAACGAAUCGUUAUAACAUCAUCAUUUGCUUCAGUUUUUGAUCAAACUAAAGGAUUACGACCGGGUUAUUCUUAUACUGAAGAAGAUUGGUGUCCACUUACUUAUGAAGAAGGUAUUGAAGCAAAAGAUGAUCCAGUUACAGUUUAUCGUGUUUCAAAAGUCUGUGCUGAACGUGCUGCAUGGGAUUUUAUUAAAAAUGAAAAACCUUCAUUUACAAUUGCAACUAUAUGUGAACCAAUGGUUUUUGGUCCAUCUGUUACUGAUUUUAAAUCAAUUGAUGAUAUACAUACAUCAAAUUCUUCAAUAUGGUCAUUAGUUACGAGUGGAAAAGAUGGAAAGAUUCCCGAAACACGUGUACCAAAACAAAUUGAUGUUCGAGAUGUUGCUUAUGCACAUAUUGCAGCUUUAGAACGAAUAACAAAUACAAAUCAACGUUAUCUUAUAUCAGCACCCUCACGUUGGAGUCAACAACAAAUACUUGAUAUUGUUAAUGAAAGUACGACUAUUCCAACAAAUAUCAAAAAUACAACACCAAUUGGGAUUAAAGGUCAACAAUUACCAGAACAUUUUAAUAUUGAUAGUUCAAAAGCAGAAAAUGAAUUAGGUGUUACAUAUAUUCCUUUCAAAAAAACUAUUGAAGAUUUAAUUAUACAAUUUUCCAAAUUACAACAUUUACAAAAACAUUAA